AUGCUGCAGACGUAUCGAACUAACUGCAUCACCCUGGUCGUCAUCCCUGCAGGCUGCACCAGCCAAAUUCGACCACUCGAUGUGUCGAUCAACCGUUGCUUCAAAGCCGCGGUGCGAGCCCGGCUUCUUGGGGGGGGGGGGGUGGAGGAGGAGGAGGAGGAGGAGGAGGAGGAGGAGGAGGAGGAGGAGGAGGAGGAGGAGGAGGAGGAGGAGGAGGAGCUGCAGGCCGAGUGCGUCAGGGAGGUCGGCGUGGCAACUGGGGUGGAGAUGUUGUAUGCAGAGACCCCCUGCUACCGUGGGGCUGUGGCCCUGGCCGAUCGCCUCGUGGAGCCGGAGAAGACGCUCAAGCACGUCUGGGGGGUGCUAGACUUCGAAGCGCAGGAGCCCUCUUCUGCUAGUGCUGAUGAAGAAUACCCCUCCCGUUUAGAAGGAAACCCCUAA